UGACUGGGCUGGACAUCUGGGCGUCCCUGCUCUCCACUGGAGUCAUCUGCACCUUCUACACCACCAUAGGUGGGAUGAAGGCUGUCAUCUGGACAGACGUCUUCCAGGUCUUCGUCAUGCUCUCGGGUUUCAUCGCCAUCGUCAUCCGGGGGGUGCUGUUGGUGGGGGGUCCUGCCAGGGUGCUGGACAUUGCCACCAAUGGCUCCAGGGUCAACUUUCUUGAGGCGCUGCUGGUGAAUCAAGUGGGGCUGUUGUGCAUCGUGAGCAGCGCGGUGGCCUGUGGCCUCGUCAUGUUCGCGCUGUACCGGGACUGUGACCCCCUCCUCGCCGGCCACAUCUCGGCUC